UUUAUCCAUUAUGAGAAAUGCAAUUAGAUGUUUCAUAUCUUGUAUUCUCCCAUGUGGUGCACUUGAUGUUAUUAGAAUUGUUCAUUCUAAUGGUAAAGUUGAGGAAAUUAGUGAUUCUCAUAUAAAAGCUUCACAAAUUAUGAAACUUUAUCCCAAACACAUAUUAAAAAAACCAACAUCUUCAUAUUCAUCAUCAAAUGAUCAUCAACAAAAUAUUUCUACUACUCCAAAAAUUGUUAUUGUCCCUCCUGAUGCUGAGCUACAACGCGGCAAAAUUUACUUCCUUAUGCCAAUGCCAUCAUCGUGCUCAUCCUCCUCCUCAUCUUCUUCUUCUUCUACCCCUCGUGAAAAGUCAAGAACUCGUUCUAGAUCAUCCAUGAGGAAUAAGAAGAAGAUGAGGCAAGUUACAUCGGAGGGACAUAAAAAUGAGUAUAAUGCUAACCUAUUAAUUUCUGAUGAUGAAUAUCUAAGUGAUAUAUUAUCUGAAAAGGCGUCAACUCAAAGGGAUAAAAGAAGAGGAAGAGUUAGAGUAUGGAAACCUCAUCUAGAAAGCAUCUCUGAGAUUGUUAGUGAAUUAUGAUAAAUUUGCGCACUUUACUUGUUA